AUGGCACCGGCAGCCAACCCCGGCCACCCACAUCCAAUCGAGGUCAGGGACGCGACGCGGGGCAGAGUCGGCCAGCCACAGGACGGCGGCCAGCCACGGCUAGGCCCACGCCAGCGGCCAGACGCCGGCCAGUCAGCGCCUGGCAGCGGCCAGCCCGCGGCCAGCCCGCGGCGGCGGCCAGCCCGCGGCGGCGGCCAGCCCGCGGCGGCGGCCAGCCCGCAGCGGCGGCCAGCCCUCAGCGGCGGCCAGCCCGCGGCGGCGGCCAACCCUCAGCGACGGCCAUCCCGCGGCGGCGGCCAGCCCACGAUGGCGGCCAACCCGCGUCCAGCCCGCGGCCACCCCGGAGAUCACGUCGUCGCCGAGAGAGGGAGAUGA